AUGUCUGGAACAACCAGAAAAAGCCAAGCGGACAUGCUUUCUUGUGGACUUGUCCCUCUCCAGAACUUGGAUAUACCCAAGCUCAAAGUGGAAGAAGAGCAAAAGCAGGAGGACUGGCAGGAAGCUCAGCCUCAAAUGGAUCAAGAGGAGCAGAAAGACCAAGUUAACAGUGAACAAGAUAUCCAGGACCAAGAUCAUAUUGAUUCAAAGGAUAAUGACAGAGAUGUUCGUGCCCGACAGAUUAAAAAAGAGCAAAAAAUAUUGCAACAAAGAAAAACAAGCGUUGAAGACAAGAUUAGCAAGAUUAAAAAGGAAGUCGAGAAGAAGAACAAACAAUUGAAAGGAAAGCCUCUAGAAAUCAGACAAGACCAACAGGAAAAGAAAGAGUUUGAAGAACUGCAAACAAGGUACAAAAAAAUCCAGAAUGCUAUCGAAGAGUUCAAAUUGAAAAAUAAACCUCAAAAUAACUCAGACCCUAUGCAGACAAAUCAGAAGAUGGAAGAUUACUUGACAGAUAUGGAGAAGGAAGUCAACGAAUUUAGCAACAAAUUUAAGGAAAAUGCCAAAAUAGAAGAAAAUGAAGAAGACCAACAACUCAAGCUAGAUCAUAUAUUAAACCCUCCAACUCCCUUUGACCUCGAACAGACCCUAAAGAAGCUAACAAAGGGAAACAAGGAGGAUUAUGAAGAAUUAAAAAAUUAUCAGAAAUCUCACAAUCCCCCUCAUACAAGGUCAUCAAAGUCAGGGAGUGAAACAAAGCCGCAAAGCUCGCUUAUUGAAGGGCGUUCGCCGAAAGAUUCUCUUUCAGAAUCAGAGGAUGAUUUGGAGAAAAGAAAAUCUGAAGGAAAUUCUAAAGAUCAUGAGGAAACUAAAUUUGGAAAUCCAGAUGAAGAAGAUAAAAGUGGAACUGAUAGUUUUGUUUUAUGAGAUGACCUAUCAAGCAAAUGCUCACAAAAUAGUAAUGAAGGAGCAGAUAAUAAAGAAGAAGAAUGGAUUAACGAAACUGUGUCUGAAGAACUCAAAAUAACUGAUUUGAACUUUCUCAACUUUUUGAUUGACCAGUACCUCGAACAACAAGAUCCUCUAUUAAAACAGAAGAAUAAACCUGAAACCGAAAGCUUCAAAAUUGCUCAUGUGUUCAUGUUUUGGAAGUGGGGAUCCUUCAAAAGCAAAGAUGAAAAUUCAGAAGAGCCUCAUUUUUUGCCAGAAAUAAAUGAAAAACAAAUUAAAGAUCACAUUAAAAGUCUUAUGAAAAUUAUCAAAAAGUAUGAGAUGUCAGACUGCGCCUUAUGGAACAUUCUUUGAGACCAGUCAAAACAUAACAUUAAAAUUGAUGAAUAUCUUAAGGGUAAACUACAAGAAUGCAAAGAAGAUCUAGACAAGGUCAGAAAUAAGAUAGUUGAUUUAGCAACGCCUGAGAAAAUAAAGAAAGAAAAGGAACAGGAGAUACUUAAGAAAGUCAUGAAAGUCCUUCAUGGAGAUCUGAAUGAAUAUAAUAACAAAUUAAAAGAAAAUAUUGAGAAAGACAAAGAGAAAAUGAUUAAGGAAAUCAAUGAUAAAUGAAGUGAAAACCAAAUAAUAUUAAAGAAAAAAUAUCAAAAUAAUAUUGACAUUAUAGUUAGAAUAGCCACAGACUUUGAAAUAAACUUUGCAACAAAUAAUAAAAAAUUGAAUUCAGAAAUUGAGGAAAAUAAAAAGAACAUAGAAUCGAUCACAUCUCUCAUUGAGUUCAACGAGAAAAGAGAGAAACUUAACAAAUAAAAUAAUGGAGAUUAAUCAACAAAUAGAAAAAUUGGAUUCCAAAGCUAAUGAGAAAAUCCACCAAUGUAUUUAUACAUAUAAGAAGGAAGAAGCUCUUCUUGAAGAAGAUCUAACUCAAAUACAAACAAAAAUUGAUAUUCUUGAUGCAGAAACUCAAGAAAGAUCCGAAAAUUCAGUAAAUAAUCAGAUGAGGGAGACAGAAACUUAUAAGAAAUGUACCAUUGAAUUUGUUCAUACUCCCAAACUUGAGGAAGAACAGACAAGUGCUUUAGUCAUUCCAUUUGAUGAGCAACUCAGAACUAGCAAUCUUCCUGAAAGCUAUAGAAAAUUAGCCGAAGAUGCUGGUGAGAAACUCAAAAAUGCCUGUCAGCAAUACAAGAACCAGCACUUCAGAUUAAGAACAGGACUUGCUACAGUGUUCCCAUCUGGCAAAUUGAAGUUCAACAGUAUUAUUGCAGCUGUUGGACCAAUAACAUCUAGUGAAGUCUCUGAAGAGCUGAUGAAGAAGACCAUUAAUUCAGUUCUGGAUUUGGUGAUAGACUAUAACCUAAAGUCCAUCUUCAUCCCAUCGUUUGUGAACAAUGACUCUGAAAUAACAGAAGAGGAAUAUAUAACAAUAAUUACAAGAUCAAUCCAACAGUUUAUUGACGAUAACUCACAAGAUAUGGCAACCAGAAGAAUUGUAAUAGAAUCCCCUGACCCAGCUCCAGCCUUCCCGCAUUCCCCUUCAGACAUGUCAUCUCCAGUUCUUAAACCUGUUGCAACUUCUUUAUCAACAGGUAUUCCAGCUUCUGACCCUCGUGAAGAAUCCAAGUCCCCUACUGUUGAAGCACUCGAGGACACUCAACCUGAGCUUCCUAGCCAGGAAGACCAAGACCAGCCCGAAGAAGAAUCAGAUGCAAUGAAGGAGUUGAGAGAAAGGAGGGAAAUGACAGCAAAAUAUAAAGGAUAAUUGAUAAUUGAUGUUCAAUGUUGACC